CAGAGAGCCUGUUCGUGUUUAUGCUGAUGUAAACUAGGUCAUGGUGGAAGAAGGAAGCUCCGCCGCGUGUUAACGAUCACAGAAUCAGCGGCUUCGAGGAGCGCCGUCUCCGGGGUGUUUGACGGGGGUUCCCGUGGACGCGGGUCGGUCACAAGGCAGCAUCUGGACUGAACCCUCUUCUCCUGCUGAGACACGGUGGCUGCCAUGUCCAGGAGCAGCGGGAACAGUUGUGCAUGGAGAUAUGUUUGGGGGAUAAGAAGGGACGCCGAUGCCCGGGCACUUGAAGAAUGGAGCCAUGACCGCCGAGAGUACAGAGAUUCAGACUCUGAGGCAGACUCCCCCGCAGUGAUGGUCCCCCCGGUCCCCAGUGCCGUGCCUGUCACUGGAGAAUCCUUCUGUGGCUGCGACUCCCAGGCUGAGACCAACUAUAACCCUCGCCUGCGAGCUUUUCACCAAGUUAAAGACUGCCACUGUGGCGAGGAUGACCAAGAGUUUGACUGGGUUUGGGAUGGCAACAGCCGAUCGACAACAACGUUACUGAGCUGCGACAAUCGAAAAGUGAACUUCCACUCUGAAUACAGCUGUGGCACAGCAGCAAUCCGUGGCUCCAAAGAGCUGGACGAAGGGCAGCACUUCUGGGAGAUCAAGAUGACGUCUCCAGUGUAUGGAUCAGACAUGAUGGUCGGCAUCGGUACUUUUGAUGUCAAUCUAGACAAAUACAGACACUCGUUCUGCAGCCUGUUGGGAAAAGAUUCAGACAGCUGGGGUCUUUCUUACACGGGCUUGUUGCAUCAUAAAGGAGACAAGAUUAACUUCUCCUCCCGGUUUGGCCAGGGAUCCAUCAUCGGGAUCCAUCUGGACACGUGGCACGGCACACUCACUUUCUUCAAGAAUCGCAAGUGUAUAGGUGUUGCCGCCACAGAGCUCCAGCAUAAGAAGUUUUAUCCGAUGGCGUGCUCCACAGCAGCGAAAAGCAGCAUGAAGGUGAUCCGGUCCUGCUCGGCGCCCACCUCCCUGCUGUACCUUUGCUGUGCCCGCCUUCGCCAGCUGCUGCCGGACUGCAUGGACACCCUGGACGUGCUGCCGCUGCCGCCAGGCCUUCGCCAGCUGCUCCACAACAAACUGGGCUGGGUGCUCAGUCUCAACAGUGGCACCACAGAGGAAAGCCCAGACGGGCCUGAGCGCCCCUCCUGCUUGCCCGCCCCCCCUCUGGCUGCACCGUCCUCCUCUGAGAGCGACUCAGAGGGUUGCACUUCUGACCCCGAAGCCUGUCGGAGGAAGAGAUGCCGCUGGACGUGACUGCCCAGCUCAAACACGGGCCGACUGUCACAUCAAUAUUAUCCAGUGGCGAAGAAGAUGACCCGGAUCGGAAUGGUACGUAGGGAGGAACUGGACAGUGUAACACUGAAGUCACGAAUGGCCAAACUCUGAUGGUCCCCAUGGUACAUUUGCAAAAAGGGGGUUUAAAACAUGAGCCCGUAUAUUUUAGAGAUGCACUGAUGCUGACAUUGGACCGAUGUUGACUCAAAUAGGGACAAAGGGGACAAUCUAUUCAAUUAUAUUCUAUGUUUAUAGACUUUAUAUACAGGAAUCUGAAUUCCUGUUCGAGUUUUGGCCAAGUUGGUGCAUUUAAAACAAGUUUUACUCAUGAAUUGUAAUUCCUGAAGUCAUUUAAAUGAUGUACACCAAUUCAGUAAAUGUAUGUCUGUGUAUUUAUUUGUUACUUUUGUUUUACAGAGUUAGUAAAGCAAUUUUUCCUUGCACAUAAAAUAAAGAUAUCAGUCACUUCCACACUGAGGCAAACAGGUUAUUAAUUUAUUAAAAACAGAUGUCUGUAUCGACUGUUACCCAAAGCACAGGUGUCAGUGUCUGUAUUGGGACUGAAACAUUGGUGCAUCCCUUUUAUAUGCUUUGUGUUUUCAACCUAUAUGCAAAUAAUGUAUAUUGUGCAUUAUCAAAGUAAUAUGUUACUGGCAUCUGCAAUUUUCUGUUGGGUUGCCAAAGGGAGACACUAAGUCUCGUGAGUGUUACAGACAGGAAGUGACACCCCAGAGGUCUUAGAGUAUUCUGUAUUUCUUACCUUCGAAGUUACAGCUUGUAGGCAAAAAUGUUUUUGGCACGUUUCAACAGAUCAAAAACUUUUCCCAAGAAGUUAAAAUGAAUGAAUGUAUUUUUGCAUCUUUUAGUGCUCAGAAAAAAAGGAAUAUAUUCCAGCCAUCAUCGCCAAACAACUAAAUGUAUCUAUGGUUCUGGUUUCUAGAGAAACAUGAGAGGGGAAAAAAUGUGAGAUCUUCAUUGUACACUUCUGGCAACAUCCAUCCGUCACCAGCUUUUCAAAGUCUCCCGUUGGAAUGGUUUGCCUCGUGUUUGUAGAAACGAAAAGGUUUCCUCUUUUCUAAAAGACGUGAGCAGCAAAUCCUUGUUGUUCAGUGUCGCUCUUUGAAAUCAGAUCAUGAAUAGAAGAGACUGCUGCACAUGUAGAGUAACAUUUCAUCGCUAUUAUACCUUUAUUGUUUCUUUGACAAAAUGUGAGAUGAUGAGCAGUUUUAGUGUUUAUCGUUAUUAUUUUUUUCUGAUCUGUUUCUGCAAGUGUGUUUCGGUUUUCCCAAUGCCUUCUCCCACCACUUCCUCUACCGACUCCCCUUGACAAAUUAAUCAAACUCCAUUCUAAAUCCUUUUAGUAUCAAACACUUUCGUUGUUGGUCUGAAAGCUGGCUCUAAAAAGUUCCUUGUUUUAUACGAAUUAGCUUCCAAACAGCAGAAAAUUAGUUUCAAUACAACCUCUCAGACUGCGCCUGGAGAUAAUAACGAAUCAUUUGUAUUAAUAAUAAACAUUUGUAAAUACAGGACUGUCUCAGAAAAUUAGAAUAUUGUGAUAAAGUUCUUUAUUUUCUGUAAUGCAAUUAAAAAAACAAAAAUGUCAUGCAUUCUGGAUUCAUUACAAAUCAACUGAAAUAUUGCAAGCCUUUUAUUCUGAUUUAUUGCUGAUUAUGGCUUACAGCUUAAGAAAACUCAAAUAUCCUAUCUCUAAAUAUUAGAAUAUCAUGAAAAAGUAUACUAGUAGGGUAUUAAACAAAUCACUUGAAUUGUCUAAUUAACUCGAAACACCUGCAAGGGUUUCCUGAGCCUUGACAAACACUCAGCUGUUAUAAAUCUUUUUUUUACUUGGUCUGAGGAAAUAUUAAAAUUUUAUGAGAUAGGAUUUUAGAGUUUUCUUAAGCUGUAAACCAUAAUCAGCAAUAUUAAAAGAAUAAAAGGCUUGCAAUAUUUCAGUUGAUUUGUAAUGAAUCCAGAAUGCAUGACAUUUUUGUUUUUUUAAUUGCAUUACAGAAAAUAAAGAACUUUAUCACAAUAUUCUAAUUUUCUGAGACAGUCCUGUAUAGUAUACAUGUUGAGCACAUGAGAGGACAGCAGUGAGGUGGUUUUCACCUCUCAGACCUUCGGGGCUGAGUGGUGUUAAGAUCAAUUCAAGUAUUACUUAAUCAUAAAUGACAGAGGAGGGAAACAUUUGGGUCGGGUACGUAAAUAACUCUUAUUUUUGUUCCCUUUGGAGUUCCAAAAUAUACCAAUAGAAGUAUAAAGAAAUAGUAUAAAGAUAUUUGGCUUUGGAAUUGAAGCUAUUCUGUCUGCCAACUGCUGCCUCAGUCACCAUUCUUCGGUCAUGUCCGCUCCUCGAGGGUUCUGGUUCGCGUAGACGUGCACACAGAUUUGUCCUCCUUUGCAAUACAAGCGUCUUAUGCGAUAAUGGUGUUCAGAAGGAAAGUGUGUUUUAAGCUGUUAGGAUGGAGGCACUGACCCAACAACAGUGGUGAAGGCAGCAGAGGACCAUGAUCGUUAGUCACGAGUCAUAUGACAUGACGCACUUAAUCCUGUACAGCUGUGCAACGAGUGAUCAGAAUAUUCCCUGUAGAUCUGGGAAUGUAAGAGAUUAGUUGUAGUCCAUCAGACGUAUUUGUGUCUUAUUUCACAGCAUUUGUCUUCACGUUGAUGUAAACAAGCACUUUUUCUUACAGUUGUACUGUAAAUAAAACAAUGAUAAGUGUUUCUUCUAUACCGUGUCAUAUUAAUAAUACUGUACGUGAAGGCCUUUACUCGCCUUUUUCUGUAUAAUUUAUCGGCAUGCUUUUCAGCUGAAAAUAAAUGAAUGCACAAAUGA